AUGGAGAAUAAGAACAAUGUGACAGAGUUUGUUCUUCUGGGACUUACCGAAAACUCUAAGAUGCAGAAAAUUAUAUUUGUUGUGUUUUUGUUCAUCUACAUCAUCUCUGUGGUAGGAAAUUUGGUCAUUGUUAUAACCAUCACUAUGAGCUCACUCUUGGGAUCCCCCAUGUACUUUUUCCUGGCCCAUCUCUCAUUUAUUGAUGCCUGCUAUGCCUCUGUAAAUACACCUAAACUGAUUAGAGAUUCACUUCAUGAAAAGAAGACUAUCCUUUUCAAUGGAUGCUUGGCCCAAGUCUUUGGGGAACAUUUCUUUGCAGGUGCAGAGAUCAUCCUGCUUACUGUGAUGGCUUAUGACCGCUAUGUAGCCAUCUGCAAACCCUUGCACUAUGUAACCAUCAUGAACUGGAGAGUGUGUGCCGUGCUACUGGGAGUGUCCUGGAUGGGAGGCUUUCUCCAUGCAACCAUCCAGAUCCUCUUCAUCUUCCAACUACCCUUCUGUGGCCCUAAUGUCAUUGAUCACUUUAUGUGUGAUCUGAACCCAUUGCUCAAUCUGGCCUGCACUGAUAUUCACACUCUGGGGCUCUUUGUUGCUGCUAACAGUGGGUUAAUCUGCUCAUUAAACUUCCUCCUCCUGCUGGUCUCCUAUGUGGUCAUCCUGCAUUCCCUGAGAAACCACAGCUUGGAGGGUAGGCACAAAGCCCUGUCCACCUGUGUCUCCCACAUCACAGUGGUUGUCCUGUUCUUUGUUCCCUGCGUAUUUGUGUACCUGAGACCUGCAGUUAAUUUAUCUAUUGAUAAAGCAAUUGCUGUAUUCUAUACUAUGAUAACUCCCAUGGUAAAUCCCUUUAUCUACACUUUCAGAAAUGCUCAGAUGAAAGAUGCUAUUAGAAAGUUAUUUAUCAGUAAAGCUAUUUCAGAUGAUAAAUGA